AUGGCCAAGACCAAAGAGCUGUCAAAGGAUACCAGAAACAAACUUGUAGACCUGCACCAGGAUGGGAAGACGGAAUCUGCAAUUGGCAAGCAGCUUGGUGUGAAGAAAUCAACUGUGGGAGCAAUUAGGAAAUGGAAGACAUACAAGACCACUGAUAAUCUCCCUCGAUCUGGGGCUCCACGCAAGAUCUCACCCCGUGGGGUCAAAAUGAUCACAAGAACGGUGAGCAAAAAUCCCAGAACCACACGGGGGGACCUAGGGAAUGACCCGCAGAGAGCUGGGACCAUCGAGUCCGCGUGCCGUUUCUACAGCCACCAGAUGAAGGGGAAGCACCUUGCCAUCAGGAAGAUGAACGAGAUCCAGAAGAACAUCGACGGCUGGGAGGGGAAGGACAUCGGCCAGUGCUGCAACGAGUUCAUCAUGGAGGGUACGCUGACGCGCGUUGGCGCCAAGCACGAGCGCCACAUCUUCCUGUUCGACGGCCUGAUGAUCUGCUGCAAGUCCAACCACGGGCCGCCGCGGCUGCCCGGCGCCAGCUCGGCCGCCGAGUACCGCCUCAAAGAGAAGUUCUUCAUGCGCAAAGUCCAGAUCAACGACAAAGAUGACAAGGAGGGCGAGUACCGCCACGCCUUUGAGAUUAUCCUGAAGGACGGCAACAGCGUGGUGUUCGCCGCCAAGUCUGCCGAGGAGAAGAGCGGCUGGAUGGCGGCGCUGAUCUCACUGCAGUACCGCAGCACGCUGGAGCGCAUGCUGGACUCGGCCAUGCUGCAGGAGGACAAGGAGCAAACGGUGAGGCUGCCCGGCGCCGAGCUGUACCGCUUCGCCCAGCCCGACUCUGAGCAGAACGUCGUGUUUGAGGACAGCGUCCAAUCCAAGUCUGGGAUCCCCAUCGUCAAGGCCGGGACGGUGCUGAAGCUGAUCGAGAGACUCACCUUCCACAUGUACGCAGACCCAAACUUUGUGCGAACCUUUCUGACGACGUACCGGUCCUUCUGUAAACCUCAGGAGCUGCUGGACCUGCUCAUGGAGAGGUUUGAGAUCCCGGAGCCGCGGCCCAGCGAGGCGGAUCAGAUGGAGGGAGGAGAGCAGCCGAUCAGUGCAGAACUCAAACGCUUUCGCAAAGAGUUCGUCCAGCCGGUCCAGCUCCGAGUGCUGAACGUGUGUCGUCAUUGGGUGGAGCAUCACUUCUACGACUUUGAGAGAGACGCUCACCUGCUGAGACGCCUGGAGGAGUUCAUCGCCUCCGUCAGAGGUAAAGCGAUGAGGAAGUGGGUUGAGUCGAUCACUAAGAUCAUCCAGAGGAAGAAGCAGGUUCAGGUGAGCGUGGCGAGCCACAGCAUCACCUUCCAGAACGCUCCGCCUCCCUUCGAGUGGCACAUCUGCAAACCAGGAGGCAGCGAGGCCUUCGACCUGAUGACGCUGCACCCCAUCGAGGUCGGCCGCCAGCUCACGCUGCUCGAGUCCGACUUCUACAGGGCGGUGCAGCCGUCAGAGCUGGUCGGCAGCGUCUGGACCAAAGAGGAUAAAGAGAUCCACUCUCCCAACCUGCUGAGGAUGAUCCGGCACACUACCAACCUCACGCUGUGGCUCGAGAAGUGUAUCGUAGAAACCGAGAACCUGGAAGAAAGAGUCGCCGUGGUGUCUCGGAUCAUCGAGAUCCUGCAGGUUUUUCAGGAACUUAACAACUUUAACGGCGUUCUAGAGGUCGUCAGCGCCAUGAACUCGUCUCCAGUCUACAGACUGGACCACACCUUCGAGCAAAUCCCGAGUCGUCAGAGAAAGAUCCUGGAGGAAGCUCACGAGCUGAGUGAAGAUCACUACAAGAAGUAUUUAGCCAAGCUGCGCUCCAUCAAUCCCCCCUGUGUGCCCUUCUUUGGAAUCUACCUGACCAACAUCCUGAAGACGGAGGAGGGUAACCCCGACUUCCUGCGCCGACACGGCAAAGAUCUGAUCAACUUCAGCAAGAGGAGGAAAGUGGCCGAGAUCACCGGAGAGAUCCAACAGUACCAGAACCAGCCAUACUGCCUGAGGGUGGAGGGAGACAUCAGGAAGUUCUUUGAGAACCUGAACCCAAUGGAGGACAUGUCGGAGAAAGACUUUGCUGAUCAUCUGUUCAACAAAUCUCUGGAGAUUGAACCUCGAAAUGCCCGUUCCUUACCUCGAUUUGUGAAGAGGUACACGUGUCCUCUGAAGUCUCCGGGGAUCCGUCCGACCUCGGCGAGGCCCGGGACCAUGCGCCACCCGACGCCGCUGCAGAACGAGCCCAGGAAGAUCAGCUACAGCCGCAUCCCGGACAGCGAGGCAGAGGGGGGGGCUGUCUCCGCCCCCAACUCCCCCCGCACCCCGUUGACUCCGCCCCCAGCCUCAGCCGCCUCCAGCUCCACAGACGUAGGCAGCGUGUUCGACUCGCCGCAGGCUCCCAGCAGCCCCUUCCACUCCAGGUCGUCCUCGGUCUCCUCCAUGGUGAGUUUCAGUCGGGCUUCUGAGGACGUUCAGGUUCCUCCUCCUGUUCCUCCUCGCAGGCGUCCAGAGUCGGCUCCCGCUGAGUCCUCGCCCUCAAAGAUGAUGUCACAGUUGGACAGCCCCCCCGCUGUCCCCCCCCGCCAGCCCACCUGUAAGCUCCUCCCCCCUCGUUACUCCUCGUCCCUGUCCUCCUCAUCCCCCCCCGACAGCCCCCCCUCGCUGCCUCCUCGGGAACCCGUCAGCUCUCCUCUGCACCUCCUGCCCCCCCCUCAGGGCCGCCCCCCCCGCUGUGACCUGCAGGCCUUCUUCCCCUCCUUCCCCCCUCUGCCCCCUCCAACACCCGUCACCCCCACCCCCCCAUCCAGAAAGACAACCCUCCCUCUCCUGCCCCUUGACGGCCCCCCCGUGCCCCCCCGACACAGCGUCCCUAAACUUCCCCCCAAGACGUACAAGAGGGAGUCUCUGAGCCACGCGCCGCCGCUGCUGGACACGCCCCCCGCGCUGGAGGAGGCAGGGCUCUGAGCUGAUUGGACAGGCUGGAGUGGGCUGGGCUCUGAGCUGAUUGGACAGGCUGGAGGGGGCCGGGCUCUGAGCUGAUUGGACGGGCUGGAGGUGGCCGGGCUCUGAGCUGAUUGGACAGGCUGGAGGGGGCCGGGCUCUUAGCUGAUUGGACAACUGAUUGGAUCAGAACACACAGAAAAACUCUGAUCCAGUCUGGACUGAGAAAACUUAAGAUCAUGUGCUCUUAUUGUGAGAACCCAACUGCUUGUUUCCUGCGGAGCGUUGGAGAACAUUGGUGUGUGUGUGUGUGUGUGUGUGUGUGUGUGUGUGUGUGUGUGUGUGUGUGUGUGUGUGUCUGUGUGUGUUUGUCUGUCAGCGUGUCGGACCGCGCUGUGUGGAGCAGAGAGGAUUGUGGGAACAGAACCAGAGAGGUACUGUGCUGGUUCUGUUGCUUUCUGAUGUUCAAGGAGAUAAAUUCUUUAAAACAAGGGAAUAAACGUGUUUGUACACCGAGCUGGAAGGACAACAAA